CUGUCUUUUUAUCUUCAGAUCAACAGAAACCUGGCAAAGAACGAAGGCACAUCGAAAUCAAGCCUGGGCAUCUGAUAGGUUUGACUGCGCCAUCAGCAUUUUUAACUAGCCGCGUAAUUGAAUCGACUUCCUUGUAGUUUCUCCCAUCAUCUGCUAUAAAUUGGCGGGCAGGCUUCGUUCGGUUCUUCAGAAUAUUCAGAGUCUUUCGAGCGCGUCUGAUUUGGACCACUUGGCGCUAGCACCACACCCCCAGCUUCCUCCUCGCCACGGGCGGCGAUCACUCCCGUACACCGCUUCCACCGAAAGAUGGCGACGGAGGCUGCGCCGGCGAGGCCUGCGGGCCCCACCAGGCUUGUCUACUUCGAUGACAUGUGGGCUCUCCGCUCGGCCGCCACCGUCCUCGCCGUUCAGGAGGAGGGCGGCCGGGUAGCGGUGGUGCUGGACGCCACGGUCUUCUACCCGCAAGGCGGCGGCCAGCCGGCGGACACGGGCGCCAUCUCCGGCGCCGGCACCAGGUUCCUCGUCGAGGAUGUGCGGGCGAAAGAUGGAGUGGUUUUCCACUAUGGAAGAUUUGAGGGUGCUGGAGAAGGAUGCGGGCAUGGAUUUAAAGAGGGGGAAAGUGUUAGCUUGGAAGUUGAUGCAGAAAGGCGCAGUUUGAAUUCAAGGCUUCAUUCUGCUGGCCAUUUGUUGGACAUCUGUGUGGGCAAUGUAGGCCUAUCUCAUCUGGAGCCUGGGAAAGGCUACCAUUUUCCUGAUGGGCCGUUUGUUGAGUAUAAAGGAGUAAUUCCACCAGAACAAAUACAGGAUAAGAAAAAUGAACUGGAAAGAGAAGCCAAAAGGCUAAUUUCGGAAGGAGCCAAGGUCUUAGCCUCUAUUUUUCCUUACGAGGAGGCGGCAAAAUUAUGUGGAGGUUCUCUGCCUAGCUACAUUUCAAAGGAUAGCACUCCUCGCAUUGUAAAAUUUGGCGAAUAUCCUGGCGGUCCUUGUGGUGGUACCCAUGUUGCAGAUGUUUCAAUCAUCAAUAGCCUAAAGGUAACAAACAUAAGAGUCAAGAAAGGCCUCACAAAAGUCUCGUACAGCAUCAGCCCAUGAUCUUUUUCUGCCGGAGUCUCAGCAGGAAUUUAUCAAAGAAGUGAAAGUUAUUAUUCAGGAAUCAUCACAAGGCUGAAUUUACUUUAAUGGCAUCGCAGAAAAUGUGUAUAGGGGACGAACAACUCAUUUCUCUGUAGUAUUUUGAUAAGUGCUAGUUCCACUUGCACCUCAGUAGAUGAUCUUUUAUUUGUAACUGUUUGAGUCGGAGCAGCAAUUAUGCUCCUCUGAUGUACCUGCAAAGUGUAACCUGCACGACGCACAUGUGAAAUUACAAUAGAUUCAUCACAUUUAUGCCAAAUGACCCUAUUUGUUUCUUAAAA